GCCUCCCCGUCGGGGGUGACGCCGCAGCGGACUGCCCUUCCCCAAGAUGGCGUCGAAGAUGGGUUCGCGACGGUGGAUGCUGCAGCUGAUCAUGCAGCUGGGUUCGGUGUUGCUCACACGCUGCCCAUUCUGGGGGUGCUUCAGCCAGCUCAUGCUGUACGCUGAGAGGGCCGAGGCACGCCGGAAGCCCGACAUCCCAGUGCCCUACUUGUACUUCGACUUGGGGGCGGCCGUGCUGUGCGCCAGCUUCAUGUCCUUUGGAGUGAAGCGGCGCUGGUUCGCGCUGGGGGCCGCCCUCCAGCUGGCCAUUAGCACCUACGCCGCCUACAUCGGGGGCUACGUCCACUACGGGGACUGGCUGAAGGUCCGGAUGUACUCACGCACAGUUGCUAUCAUCGGCGGCUUUCUUGUGUUGGCCAGCGGCGCUGGGGAGCUGUACCGCCGGAAGCCCCGCAGCCGCUCCCUCCAGUCCACUGGCCAGGUGUUCCUGGGCAUCUACCUCAUCUGCGUGGCCUACUCGCUGCAGCACAGCAAGGAGGACCGGCUGGCCUAUCUGAACCAUCUCCCGGGAGGGGAGCUGAUGAUCCAGCUCUUCUUCGUGCUGUACGGCGUCCUGGCCCUGGCCUUCCUGUCGGGCUACUACGUGACCCUGGCUGCCCAGAUCCUGGCCAUUCUGCUGCCCCCAGUCAUGCUGCUCAUUGAUGGCAAUGUCACCUACUGGCACAACACACGGCGCGUUGAGUUCUGGAACCAGAUGAAGCUCCUUGGAGAGAGCGUGGGCAUCUUUGGGGCUGCCGUCAUCCUGGCCACCGAUGGCUGAGUGGCACGGGGAGAGGCCAAGAUGGGUGCCAGCAGGCCGCUGAGGGCCACCCGCCUUCCUUCUUGCUGGCCUUGUUGUUUCCUUCUGCUUUCCACUCUGUUGGUUUGGUUCUUUGCUGUGUGUGUAUGUGUUGGUAAGAGGCAGGUCUCUUCCCUGGUACCUGGGCUUGGCCCUGGGUGGGUGGGAGCCCUGCUCACGAUGCCUUACAGGGCUUUUUCCUGUUCGGUAGUGGGAUACCUGAGGCCAGCUGCUCCCUGGGUCUCCUGUCUCAGAGAAGGGAGUAAGGCAGGGCUUGGGUGGGGCUACUGAGAAUGGAAGACAGAGGAAGGAAGACCAUGAACCAGAAGUGAGCAAAUGUGAAAAAUUCCAUUUUGAACCUGGCCAAGUGCAGCUAGGCUCUACAGUGCUUUCUGGAGACCGAGACUGAGUGUGUGUGUUGACACGUGGUUGGGGCUGGGAGGAGCCAGGGGCCCGGUGCCACCGAAGUCACGUGAGUUCUCAGGGUGUGCUGGGGGCAGAAACAGCACUUGCUGUUGCCCCACCUUGAAAGCAGAGCAGGCCCCUGCCCGGGGUGUACGGGGGGGGGGGGGGGGGGUGGUAGGGCAGGCAGCGGCCAGCUUCCUGCCUCCUGCCUGCUGUUUCCAGCUCUAUGGUUGGCCUGGUUGGGGUGAGUUCUCUCCCAAAGACCAGACCACACAGUCCUCCAAAAAUAAACAUUUUAUAUAGACA